ACAAAGGAGCGCCCCUUGCGCAUUGCCGGCGCCGCCAGGCUGAACGACCGCAACUCCCUCAGCCCGUCCUCGCAGGGGAGGUGUUCCAUCCCUUGGAUCAUUUUGGUGGCCUCCUGUCCACACUCCAGCAGGCCCACGUGUAUCCUGUGCUGAGGACUCCACAUCUGGGUGCAGUGCUCCAGAAUCACUCCAAAAGAAGCUCUGCUGGCAGGAUGCUGCUCUCCCUGCUCUCCCCCCGCGUGAGCUGGCCUGCACGAUACCUCCUGUGUGACCUGCACCGCUGGGGGCUGCAUGUGCAGAAGAGGGCUGUCUGUCCCUGCAGAGGUGUGCAAACCACACGGACAGCCAGCAGCCACCACGUCAGCCCUGUCUUCACUAGGGCUUUGACUUUUGGUGAUAAAGUCGCCGUCGUUGACCAAAAUGGUGAGCACACAUACAGGGAGCUUUUCUGCCACAGCCUCCGCCUGUCCCAGGAGAUCUGUAGAGUCCUGCAGUGCUCCAGCAGGGACUUGAAGGAGGAGAGGAUCUCAUUUUUGUGCCCCAAUGAUGCCUCGUAUGUGAUUGCCCAGUGGGCUUCUUGGAUGAGUGGAGGCAUAGCAGUUCCCCUGUACAAGAAGCACCCUGUGCAGCAACUGGAGUAUGUGAUUGAGGAUUCGCAGAGCGCUCUCGUCAUCGCGACAGACGAGUAUGUGGGGAAAAUAACCCCUAGUGCUGAGAAGCUGGGAGUCCCAGUGCUGCCACUCAGCUUUCGUAGCAGUGGAUCUGCAGAUCAGACAGCGGUGGAAGACGUGCCCUUGGCAUCCAGUGCUUCCUGGAAGGACAGGGGAGCCAUGAUAAUCUACACGAGUGGGACAACGGGGAGACCAAAGGGUGUCCUCAGCACCCACGAGAAUGUGCAGGCAGUGACCACAGGGCUGGUUGAAAAAUGGGAGUGGAAGAAAGAAGAUGUUAUUCUGCACGUGCUGCCUUUGCAUCACGUCCACGGGGUGAUCAAUAAGCUGCUCUGUCCUCUCUGGGUGGGAGCGACAUGCAUCAUGCUGCCCGAAUUCAGCGCGCAGAUGGUUUGGAAGAAGUUCUUGAGCUCCCAGGCUCCCCGUGUCAACGUCUUCAUGGCAGUGCCCACCAUCUAUGCCAAGCUGAUAGAAUACUAUGAUGAGCAUUUCUCUCAGCCCCAAGUGCAGGACUUUGUGCGUGCCUUUUGCCAGGAGAACAUCAGGUUGAUGGUGUCCGGCUCUGCAGCCCUGCCUGUGCCUGUCCUGAAGAAGUGGAAGGCCAUCACUGGGCACACUUUGCUGGAGAGGUAUGGGAUGACAGAGAUUGGGAUGGCACUUUCCAACCCUCUGCAUGGAGUCCGUGUCCCAGGUUCUGUUGGAACCCCACUGCCCGGGGUGGAGGUGCGCAUUGCCACCGAGAAGGUGAGAGGUGGUGGCCGUUCCUACACCAUCCACGCUCAGGGAGAUGAGCACGGCACACAGGUGACUCCGGGUCUGGAAGGGCAGGAAGGGGAGCUGCUGGUCCGUGGCUCCUCGGUGUUCCGUGAGUACUGGAACAGGCCCAAAGAAACCAGAGAGGCUUUCACACCCGAUGGAUGGUUCAGGACAGGGGACACGGCAGCCUACCACGACGGUGUUUACUGGAUCAAGGGCCGCACCUCGGUGGACAUCAUCAAGAACGGGGGCUUCAAAAUCAGCGCUCUGGAGGUGGAGCGGCAGCUGCUCGCACACCCGCACAUCACAGACGUGGCCGUCAUCGGACCCCCAGACAUGGUGUGGGGGCAGCGGGUCAGCGCCGUGGUGCAGCUGCGCAGGGGGGAGAUGCUGUCGGUGAAGGAGCUGAAGGAGUGGGCCAGGGACACCAUGGCCCCCUACGCCAUCCCCACUGAGCUGAUCGUGGUGGAGGAGAUCCCACGCAACCAGAUGGGGAAAGUCAACAAGAAGGAGCUCCUGCAGCGCUUCUACCCGGCGUAGUGCGCAGCCUGGGAGCCCCAUCCUCUGCCCCGAGGGCUCCCCGCUCCUCAGCAUGGAGCAAAGCCCCCAAAAACGAGAUGGGUGAACACACAGCAACCGCAAGGGAAGGUAAUGGUGGCACGGAGCACUGUGCCCAGCUCACCCCAGCACAGGAGGGCUCCCAGCCCCGCUCCUGCUCGGCCCCGCUCCGAUCCUUUGUGUUACGCCAUCAGCGACGCAGUAAAUUUUGUAACUCACCAAAUAGAUCAAUAUCAAAUUA